AUGGGGAAAGGGGGUGAGAAAGGAGGGGAGUCGGGGGAACCGGAGGCGCAGCUCCGCUUCUACACCUGGGAGGAGAUCCAGAAGCACAACCUGAGGACGGACAAGUGGCUGGUGAUAGAGCGAAAGGUUUAUAAUGUCACCAAGUGGGCAAACAGACACCCGGGGGGUCAACGAGUGAUCAGCCACUACGCCGGCGAAGAUGCCACGGAUGCAUUCCAGGCCUUCCAUAUCAAUCCCACCUUGGUUCAAAAGUUUCUCAAGCCAUUACUUAUUGGAGAGCUUGCUCCAGGGGAACCUAGCCAGGACCGAGAUAAAAACUCCCAGCUGGUGGAGGAUUUCCGGACCCUGAGGAAGACAGCAGAGGACAUGAACUUAUUCAGAGCAAAUCCUUUGUUCUUCUCUCUUUACUUGGGCCAUAUUAUUGCAAUGGAAGUUUUGGCUUGGUUAAUGGUUUCAUACUUCGGUACUGGCUGGAUCACAACUCUCAUCCUUGCCUGCAUCCUUACAACUUCCCAGAAGUCUUCCUGGAACCACAUCGUCCACAAAUUCGUCAUUGGACACCUGAAGGUAAAGGACAUUGUGGACCCAGGGCACUGUGGAAACAACUGCAGUCACUUUGACUAUGUUAAAGGUGCCUCUGCAAACUGGUGGAACCAUCGUCACUUCCAACACCAUGCCAAGCCCAACAUAUUCAAGAAGGACCCAGAUGUGAACAUGCUACAUAUUUUUGUCCUCGGAGAUACGCAGCCUGUUGAGUAUGGCAAGAAGAAGCUGAAGUACCUGCCUUACAACCACCAGCACGAGUACUUCUUCCUCAUCUUCCCGCCUCUGCUCAUCCCUGUGUAUUUCCAAAUCCAAAUCAUCUCGACCAUGAUCAGGCGCAGGUUCUGGGCGGACCUAGCCUGGGCCAUCAGCUACUACAUGCGCUACUUCAUCACAUACAUCCCAUUCUAUGGCGUUCUGGGAUCCCUGUCUCUCCUCACUUUUGUCAGGUUUCUGGAAAGUCACUGGUUUGUGUGGGUCACCCAGAUGAAUCACAUUCCGAUGGAAAUUGAUUGUGAGAAGCACAGAGACUGGCUGAGCUCUCAGAUGGCAGCCACUUGCAAUAUCGAGCAGUCCUUUUUCAACGACUGGUUCACCGGGCACCUGAAUUUUCAAAUCGAGCACCAGUGA